CGGGCCCGCGGCCCGCCCUGGUCGAUGGCGCCACCUCGACGGCGGGCGGCGGGAAGGGGGCCGGGCGGGUGGGACGCGAGAAGCGGGGCCCGGGGGUCGGCGAAGGCCCCUCUCAGGCGGACACCGGCUCCGCGCCCAGCCACACAUUCCCGCGGCUCCCGGACGAGUCCCUGCUCCCGACCCGCCCUUGACAGGCGUCCGGGCCAAAGGAGGCCCCGGGAUCCGGUGGCCCGGGAACCGUCCCCGCAGUGGCCCCUGUGCCGUCCGCGGCUCGACUCCAGGACGGAGGGCCGGGUGUCCGGCGCUGGCCUAGCCCUCCCGAGCUUGGAGGAGGGCAGCCGGCUUGGUCGGCUCCGGAGGCCGCAGUCCCUGCUGCCCGCUUGGCCUCCGGGCCCGGGACCCGCGGCGCACCCCGCUGUCCACGAACGCGAGGGAGACACAAGCUUGGAUGGUGGUUUUGGGGGAUUUUUACCUCUCAAGUUCCCUAACUUGGUUGAGGGAUGUCUUCACUACUGUCCCAUCUGAGGCACCCAAUGACUCAGGAAGCUGGUGUCAAAACAUUUAUGCCUGUGUGUGUGUGUGUGUGUCAAAUUAAAAUUGUAUUAUUGUUUGAAAGUGCUUUGGAUCUGUAUGUAUCCUAUUAUCACUUGUAAAAUUAAAAACGGGGUGCAUUUCUCCCCAGCAGUUUCUAAACUAGACGGGAGACUGUCUUACAGUUGGCCAUUGCAUUACCACAUUGCCUCACCCUGGAGAGAAAGAGAACGAUAAUGUGUAUGUUUAUAAUGGCAUUCGCUUCCUGCCUUGUUAUGGUAUUAAAAUACUUAGGAUUUGUUACCAGUACACAAAUAACUGAGUAAUGAUACUCUUGUGAAUAUAGCAGAAGUAUGUCUCAUUUACAUAUAUGCAAGGAUAUAUACUUUUUAAUCCCCAAGAGCAUGAAAUUUGAAAACAUAAGUUUGGAAUGAGUCUGUUAAUUUUCAAAAAUCAUACUUAUACUAUUCUUUCCAUUUUCUGUAAAUUUGAGCUUUCAAAAUAAAAAGGUUUUAAAAAUAAUUAUGUUAUACUUAAAACGUAAUUGUGACUGCUGUCUGGGCAAGAUAGAAGCAGCAAAAGAGGUGAUAAAUUAUUUUGAAGAUUUAAAAACUCAGCAAAUUAAAAAUGCUUUGUAUCUCAUGAUUUUAGAAGAAAGACCCAUAUUAUUUCCCUUCAUUUUUAUACACGUUCUGUUUUAACAAUAUUGACAAAACUCUGGUUCCCAACAGUGAGAUGGUGUACAGUCAGCAGUUUACAUUUACGAGAGAUUAAUUGUAUAUUUAUUCUUGAAAAUUAAUAUAAGAGGCUGUAAUUAGCUGGGAUGGGCACAGUUAAAUAUACCUUUUUGGGUGUCCAACCCAUUUUUGGGUGAAACUGACGCUCAUUUCAAACCCCCUUUCUUAGCAGUCUGCGUGGAUGUACAUGAUCUUUAGUGUGGUUUACAACUAUUAUUUUGAGGGCUUCUUCCUGUAGACAUAGGGACAGUAGCAUUUGCUGGCAGCCUUUGUUAUGAGUGAAGAUUAAGUUUGAAUGUAAACAUUGUCAGUACUUUGUUCUCAGCAUGAAACUUACCCAGCAAGUUGAGAUCUUCCUGUACCCACCUGGUGCCUGGGUUAGGCUGUGGUUUCCUAAACCUUAAAAGGAAAAAAGCAGGUUUAGUUACCAUUAUUCUUCUCAACAAAUAGAAAGUAAGAACUACUAAAUCAGAAGUCUGAUGCUGGAAAGGUUUAUUUGAAAAUUUCACAGUGAAAAUGUUAAAGUUGAAAGGUCCUUGAAGAUCUUUUAGGUAGGCUUCUUUAUUUUCUGAAAAAACCUGGAGAGUUCAGGUGUGAUUUUUGAAGGUCACCCAGCUAGUACCGAUAGCAGGGAGAGUACUGAUGUCAGGAGAGUCCUCAUAAGAGGCAGUGUGUCUGUUCAGAAGGUGGAAGUGAAUGUUUUGUGAAACCGUGAAGCAUGCAGGCUAAAAUACUUGAUUACCUUUGUGCCCUCCUGGCCACCAAGUUAUUGGGUCACUGACCUCUGUGCUGUGAUUGCUUGGAUUUUGAUGAUGGGACAUGAUCAACUCAAGAAGAGAAUUCUCGGGCUGGAGGCAGUGGCUCACGCCUAUAAUCCCAGCACUUUGGGAGGCCGAGGCGGGUGGAUCACGAGGUCAAGAGAUCAAGACCAUCCUGGUCAACAUGGUGAAACCCCGUCUCUACUAAAAAUACAAAAAUUAGCUGGGCAUGGUGGCGUGUGCCUGUAGUCCCAGCUACUCGGGAGGCUGAGGCAGGAGAAUUGCUUGAGCCCAGAAGGGGGAGGUUGCGGUGAGCCGGGAUUGCGCCAUUGCACUCCAGCCUGAGUAACCACAGCGAAACUCCGUCUCAAAAAAAAAAAAGAAGAGAGUUCUCUUUACCAAAUCAAUGACUUGAGACUUGUGAGCAUGGCACCAAAACUUAAGGAGAAAAUUAACAUUCAGCCCAUGAGCUGUUUGUGCUUCAUUGCUUUUGAUCCUGUGCUUUGACACACGCAAUAUAUGGUGACUAAUUCAGUUGUACUUGUGUGAAUUACACCUUACUCAAGACUAAAUGUAGUAAAAAAUCCUUCAGUAUCAUUUUGUAUUUGAAAUUGGUUUUUCAAUGCAUAAUGAGAAAAGGGCCCUUGCAGAAAAACAAAGGGUAAUUUUGGAGGAGUUGAGCUGAGGCUCAGAUCUGGGCAUUACCAUCUUCAAGAGGAAAUGCUGUCAGUCAGCAAAAAGCUGUUCAUUGAGCGUGAGGAGCUCAAGAGAAACCUCUCUUUUGGGGGAUGACUCAGCUUCAGGAUGUUUAACACUUUUGUUUUAUUUUGUUUAACAUUUUUGUUUUGUUGAGACAGUUUCACUCUUGUCCCCCAGGCUGGAGUACAAUGGUGCGAUCUCCAUCUCGGCUCACCUCAACCUCCCCCUCCUGGGUUCAAACAAUUCUCCUGCCUCAGGCUCCCAAGUAGCUGGGAUUACAGGCACGCGCCACCACACCGGGCUAAUUUUGUAUUUUUAGUAGAGAUGGGGUUUCUCUAUGUUGGUCAGGCUGGUCUUGAACUCUCGACAGGUGAUCUGCCUGCCUCGACCUCCCAAAGUGCUGGAAUUACAGGCAUGAGCCACUGCAGUCACCCUAGGGUGUUUAAUAUUUAACUGCAUUAGUUAAAAAAAAAAGGAAAAGACUAGACCUUUGUAUUUUAUUUAGUCUUCUCCUGACAUCUUGCAGUUGAUCCUCCGCCUUCCCUGAAGUGGUUAGGGCAACUCCCUGUUUUUGCAGAAGGGCAGAGCGAAAGCAAGUGUCUUCUGUUGUUGCUGAAGCCGGCCAGCAGCCCACAAAGAUGUUGGGCUUCAUCCAGCCCCAUUCUAAGCAGCCGGACCUCCACACCUGCAGUCUUCAUGGAUUUUGAUUUUCUGUACACUUGGGCUUCCCACUAAUUUGGCAAGUUCAUACCAGUCCAGGACCCUUCCUAGCAGAGGUUGGCAUUCAAUAGUGGUUGUAGCCACUCCUCCAGGCUCUCCUCCCUGAAUAAACAGAGGCCGGACACUCUGGAGUGCUGUUCCUCGACAGGCAUCCCUGGGAUGAGAGGGAGACCUCCCUCCCUCAUGGAGCAGGGCUGUUCUAGCUCUGUGGAUCCUGGGGUUUAUCAGCCUGGCAGUCUUCAGGGUGUCCUGUUAAGCUGUGUCUCACCACUUCCCUGCCCAAACCCCAUGUUCAAAUCUGAAUUGCUCAGUGUAGAGCCCAGAAAUCUAUUAAGUUCAGAAAGCUAAUUUGGUGGUUCUGAUUGUGCCACACUGCAGUGGGAGCCAUGGAUGGCCAGUGAUCCCAUUUUGGGGAGGAGGAGCUGCAGAUUAGUGCCUCCUGAACAUCUAACCAGCAGAGCCUUUUCCCGAGCCUCCAUUUUGCUUCUUGGGGAAACGCCCGGGUGCCUGGGCUUCUGAAGGUGGAAUAUGGGGGUGACAUGGAGAGUGAGCGAAAACAGCACACUGCAAAGUCUGGCAGGGUGGCUGGCAGUGUAAGAGUUGGGAGGUGGUCCAGAGAGCCUCCUGGACCCCAGGAAGAAGCAUGCCAGAACCUUUCCUUUCUGUCUUGCCCACCCAGCAGACUCACCAUAAUCAUUUGACAGAUUAUAUUCAAGCUCUGUGAGAGGGAGGUAGAAACAUCCUUUCAGAGCGUUGGAAAUGUUUUGAGUUAUGAUUGAAGUAGAAAGACUCAUUCAUUCUGCUUAAGGUUCAGCAGAGCCUCCUGAAUUUUCUCAAAGAUGAGAUCAUUUUGCUCUUUGCAGAUCGAUUGCAAGCUGUUGUGCCUCUUAGCAGAGUCAGAGCACAGUCAGGAAAUCAGUGGCCAUUCUCUCCUUAGUAUUUCCAGCAUCUUGCAGUGAUGGCUGAGCAAGUUCCUGUGCAACUGCAUGAAAGUGAUUUGUUGGGGAGGGAUGAAGAGCAUGGCCAGAUGCCUUGGAGCCCAGCUCAUCCAGGACUUCCAUUUUCCCCUCUAAAUAACAGCCUGUGUUGUUCACACGAGAAUCAACUGCACCUCUGAGAACAUCAUUUGUCCCGUUUUUUUUUUUGGGUAGAUUUGCCCUUUAUGAGGGUGGAGCCUGUACACAGGACCUGUGGCAGCAUUUGAUAUUAGCCAGGGCUGGGAAGGCUUAACUGUUGGAUGCUCAGGGCUGCUUGUGAGUCAGAAAGCUUCAUGCCACCCAUGAGGCUUGCUUAGUGCUGUCCUUGUUUCUGGAAUGACACACAGUCACCUUAUAUAAACCACUCUACAUGUUUGUUACUUUCUGUUGACAUUUAAAAAUGAUAUUCUGAUGUUUAUCAACCAAAGUAGAAAACUGUUCAUCAUCCAGACCUACCUUUUCUCCUUUAAGUUUUGCUGUUUUCAUAUUGCUUUUAAAUGUUUAAGAAAGCUUACAUAAGAAACUGAAGACAAAGGCCUUGCUUAUUAGGAUCUGUGAGACCCUCUGGCACUGACGAACACAGGUGAACCCUGUGUCACACCUCACCGUGUAAUUCUCCAGCCCCUCCUGGGUUCCCUUUUGUUGGAAAUCAAGUGCACACCCCGAUCUGCUUCUGCCUCAGAGCAUAGACUCAGCCGGCUUUUUUUUUUUUUUUUUGAGACAGCUGCACUCUGUCUCCCAGGCUGGAGUGCAGUGGUGUAGUCUUGGCUCACUGCAACAUCCGCCUCCUGGGUUCAAGCGAUUCUUCUGCCUCAGCCUCCCGAGUAGCUGGGAAUACAGGCGCACACCACCACGCCCCAUCAGCUGGCCUUCUGAGGCAGCCUCCAGAGCCCCUUGUUUUGCAGGUGCAGGAUUUAUCUCUAUGCGUCAUGUGGCACAUGUGACACCAUGUGAGAUAUCUGGUGUUAAGUCUUCACAUAUUUCGAUGAAGAUAUCUUGGGGACCUUGGCAGCUUUUUAGGAAGCCAGGCAGCUUGCAAAAGCUUAGGAAGAACUUGGGGGGAAAGGACUGAAUGUGGGAUUUUUCUGUCUGUCAACAUACAUAUAUAUAUGUGCCAGAUAUUGGUGAGUAGUUUCGGAAGCCUUAUCACUAAAUUCUCAUCAGUUAUCUGAAGUGUCUUAUGUAUGGGACAGCGGACUUGGAGAGGCAGUGUGCCUGGCCUGUGGCAAAACAGAAAGACUUCUGUGGCUUUACCCCACCUGUGUUCCUGAAUAGGUGAUAGAUCUGCCUUUAGCAGGCCUGGCUGCUUUGUACUCCCCAGGCGCAGCUUGAGGUGAUAAACAGUCCUGAAUCCAUCUUUGUACAGUUCAUCAGAAAUGUUGGCCUGCUUUUUGAACCUGAGUCUGGGCUUAGGAGACUGGCCCGGCUCUUCACUCACUCCUUUACCGCAUCUGAAAUUCACUGGGUGCCCACCGUGAGCGAGUCUCAGUGUUAAAUGCCAUAUAGGGGACAAGUCUGCCCACUUCGAGGCCGUUCUCCAGAGCAUGUCCUGCCUUGCCUUGGUCCGAAGCAGGCUGAUUCUCCUCUGGACUCUAUUUUAUUUUAAUUUGAAUCUUUUUUCCUAAGCUCAGCACUUUACUCCUUUGCCUUGAGGUCACAUCUCUGUUCAGGGUUCUGGGGCAGAGUCUGUGUGUUUCAUCUCUGCCUCUUGAUCCCUGGCGGGGUCCACAAACUCAGAGAAGAGUGAAGGAGUGACUGUGUCAAAAAGGCUAGAACAUGGGUCUGGGCCCAAAGCUCGAAAGCAGUUCCCGGAAAACUGCCUGUAAAGGCUGUAGGUGUGUCCCAGGAAGGCUUCCAUUGGUUCCUAAGAACUGCAGAGUUAUCCUGGGCUCCUAAAGGUACCCUGAGGCCUGCUCCUUUUUGUCACUUUCCAGAUGGCCUUCUCUGCACCUCUGCACAAAGGACUUCAGUAUUGAUUUCCUCAGUUCAUCCUUACAGGUCCGGAGAAGCUCUUUUUGUUUCUCCCAAUGACACAGCAUCUUCCAGCCAGGCUGGAGAGGCCGGGAGCUGGCAGCAGCCAGACCCCGCUUCCAUAGCUGCGCAGAGAGCAGCCCUGGGCACUGUGAAAGGAGUCUCUUAACAAUUUUUUUUCAAGUGGCUGGCAGUAAGAUCAGACACCAUAUACAUGAAGCUUCUUAUUCACUAUCAAUUCAGAAAAGCCUAGAAUUGCAGAGUGCCAGCUCUAUGCGUCAGGAGCCUGUAAACAACCCAGCUGUCCGAGAGCUCCCAGCACAGAACUGUGCUCCGGUGAACUGGGAAGACUUUUUAUAGAAAAUUCCUUAGUAUUCAAUUGAGAACAAACAUUUCCCAUUUUAAAGUAUCUUCCUCCGUGUUUAUUAAAAUAGAAUUCUAUAUUUUUUUCAGUUAUUUAAAAAAUUCUUCCUUGACACUGAAUGAAUGAAUAGAUGGUUUAAAAAUCCAAACAGUGGGAGGAUGGGAAGGCCCCUUCAUGUGCAGAGGAAAAGCCAGACCCUUCACUGGCCCUUCCUUUUAGGAUCAGUUCAGACCCCCAGCACCCAAGCCCAGUUAGCACUUCUUCCUGGGUUGGGUUGGGUGGGGUCUUCUUUGUUUCUGAUAGAGUUUCAUGCCGGGCGUCCCUGUGGUCUUGGGGCUGUGGUGACUCAGAAUUAAGCUGAGUGCUCUCACUGUCCUGGCCCCUUUCUGGCUGGCCCGAUGACUCAGCACCAAGUGCUGGCUCCCUGAUCCAGAGCACACUUGAACUGAAUGUUCCAGGUCUGAGCCUCAGCCCAACGUGGCUGGGCGAAAUGGAAGCCUUUCUCUCCUGCUGCAUUUUACCCUGGAAGAUGAAGGUUUUGGAGAUGUUAGUGGCACGUGGAUGUUACCACAGUGUACAGCUGUGACACAAGUAGCAGAAAAGUUAGCAUCUACCUGGCCUUACCAUCAAAUCUGGGUUCUAGAGAUCUUAGGCAAAGCACUUACCCUCCCUGAACCUCAGUCUCCCCUUCUGUGAAGUGGGCAUAGCAACACUCCUGCCAACAGGGUUAGGAGAAUCAAGGGAGAUGGUGCAUCGGAGGUGAAUGCCCCACAGCCUGAACUGAUGGAUGUGUGGAACCCCCAGAAACAUUUGCAGCCUGCUCUGUGGAGUAGAAAUGUGUUUUCGGAUAGGUGUGUGGCCUCUCCACACAGCAGACUGUCCUGGCCGUCCAUGGGCCUUUCAGCUCUCCCAGAGGCCUGGGAUCUUGUUUCUUAGAUUAGAAGCGAGGCCUCCUCUUAUCCUCCUUGUAUAGAGUGUAGCUGACUCCCUCUACCAGCAUCCAGGUGGCUCUCAGAGCCCUCCCUGAGGCUUCCCAUGCCCCUUGUGAUGGAGGAUGUAGAAGAACAGUAACAGAUGAAGCCCCGGGGCCUUCCGGAGCCUUGACCUGGCUGCCAUCCCCCGCCCGUGUGUCCAUAGCUGCACCUCCCCAUUCUCUGCCCAUGACAGGCUGGGGCCUUGUUUCCGGCACUGUGCUGUGUAGAGCGCUGGCUUUACUCAGCCCCAGCUCUUCCAAGGAAGAGUCUCCUUAGCCUUAUCUGUGUAGCCAUAGAGUACCAGGCAGGAAGUAGGAGUGCAGCCUGUAAGGGGGGACAUCAGGCUGCCUUACUGAGGUACCAAUUACCUGCACAGCUGUUCUGGACCCAACUCUUAGGGGUGUAAAUGUCACUGCAGAUGGAAGGAGGGAGGAGUUUUCCAAGUGCCACCACUCUCUUGCAGGGAGUGUAGCUGCUGUGGGCCAAAUGCUUGAGAAGCUGCUGCAGGUGGGAACAGAGCCCACCGGGACUUAAGGGUUUCACCGUCCAUCAGAGAGGGUCCUCUUGCCUGUACUGCAGCUGAUGAACCGAGGAUGUUUUUCUUUUUUUUUUUUGAGACGGAGUUUCGCUCUUGUUACCCCAGGCUGGAGUGCAAUGGCGCGAUCUCGGCUCACCACAACCUCCGCCUCUUGGGUUCAGGCAGUUCUCCUGCCUCAGCCUCCUGAGUAGCUGGAAUUACAGGCACGCGCCACCAUGCCCAGCUAAUUUUCUGUAUUUUUAGUAGAGAUGGGGUUUCACCAUGUUGACCAGGAUGUUCUCGAUCUCUUGACCUCGUGAUCCACCCACCUUGGCCUCCCAAAGUGCUGGGAUUACAGGCUUGAGCCACCGUACCCGGCCAGAACUGAGGAUGUUUUUCUUUUGGAAAUUGUAUUUUGUACAGAAUACACGUCCGCUGAUGCUGUGCACGGAGACCUGACAGACACUUGUAGGGUGGUGUCUGGAGGACGGACUUACCAGGUGGCUGACCAGGGUGUUCACUUUUAGCAUGGGGAUGUAGCAGAUGAAUUUUGUCUCUGUCUAAAUUCAGAGUUUGCUUCCUGGGAUGGAAAUUUCAGGUACUUUCCAUCUGUGAUUUGUGACUUUGGAUGAUUAAAGCAGGUGGCUCUGCUUUUUCUUUUUUCCUGAAGAAGAGAUAGGUCGUUUCUCACGUGCCCUGAAGCUAACUUUUGUGUGACAUCCCAGUUCCUACCUCUGCCACAUGAAACCCGUGAGGCGGACUGCAGGCAGGCUGGAUUCUGACGAGUGCCCCCAGCAGGGGAAAUACCAGCAGCUGCGGAUGGUGCCUGGCCUGGGGACGCCUGACGUGUGCCCUGGUGAGGUGCCACCGAGGAUGUUGAGGAAACGCCAGCAGAUGUUCUGCUCCCAGGCGGACCCUUCUGUGCCCUAGCCUGGCUUGGCUUUUCUCCCUAGGCCUCAGGGAGAUGUGUGCACAGAGCCACAGUCAGUGCAGCCGAGUGUCCCUGUUCAGCUGAGAAUUUGUCUGCAGUGCAGGCCUCUUCCCCAGAGCAUGGCCUGGCCUGUUGGAGAGGCGGGUAGUUUAGGGCUCAGUUCCCUAGAGUUGUUUUUGGCUGUUUGCUUCCAGAUUGUGAAACUUUAAAUACAGUCUUCAGCAGAGAAAGUGACAUCCUUGCUAAUUAGUCCUCCUAAGACUCUCAGGCUUUUCUUGUCCUGGUCGCAGAGGCAGGAUGACCAAGGGAACGUCAUCAUUUGGGAAGCGUCGCAAUAAGACACACAUGUUGUGCAGCUGCUGUGGCUCUAAGGCCUACCACCUUCAGAAGUCGACCUGCAGCAAAUGUGGCUACCCUGCCAAGUGCAAGAGAAAGUAUAACUGGAGUGCCAAGGCUAAAAGACGAAAUACCACCAAGACUGGUCAAAUGAGGCACCUAAAAAUUGUAUACCGCAGAUUCAGGCAUGGAUUCCGUGAAGGAACAACAUCUAAACACAAGAAGGCAGCUGUUGCAGCAUCCAGUUCAUCUUAAGAAUUUCACUGGCCAGGCACAGUGGCUCACGCCUGUAAUCCCAGCACUUUGGGAGGCCGAGGCAGGUGGAUCACGAGGUCAAGAGAUCGACACCAUCCUGGUCAACAUGGUGAAACCCCGUCUCUACUAAAAAUACAAAAAAAUUAGCUGGGCAUGGUAGCGUGUGCCUCAGGAGGCUGAGGCAAGAGAAUUGCCUGAACCCAGGAGGCGGAGGUUGCGGUGAGCCAAGAUCACGCCAUUGCACUCCAGCCUGGGUAACAAGAGCGAAACUCCAUCUCAA